UCAAAAGUCGACGUAGCUGUGCUGUGGCAGUCAUUCUAGUGGAGGCCGUCGAGUGAGAAGCACGUGUAGAGAGGCUGGGAACUAAUCGGAGCAGUUCCUAGUCGAAACUAAAUAUUUGAUCAGGAAUGUAGUCGUCCGCGGCUCCAAAAGAAGCAGCACCUUUUAACACAAGAUAAUAGAGACAGCCAGGUGCAUGCUAAGGAAAUAACAUUUUCAAGUGAGAUUCCGUCCAUUCGAUAAUCGAUGGGGUGAGAAGAAUCAUACCACGUAUUUCUAGUCCUGUUCCUUGGCAUUACUAAACGCGCAGUUCCUACGUACAUCAUCAUCAUCAUCAAAAUUUACUUCCAGGUAGAGUCUGUUCGACGCCCAGCGCCACCAAAAUGCUGAAGGUGGUCGGUGCCUCGUGGUACCAGACACGUGUCAGCACGUGCAUCGUGGGGGCCGUGUCCGCCCUGGGGAUACUGGCGGUCAUCCUGGGGGAAAUCGACAGGGAGGAGGAUGACGGCGUCUAUUCGGCCACUGUGUUCUGGAGUGAAAAUACAGGCUUCCACAUUGAUUUCUGGGGUCAGGGGAAUGAAAUGGAGGACAUUCCAUACGGAGUGGGUCGCGCCUGCUACAGACAGGACAUUGACAGAACAGGGUGGGCGAUGCUGGAGGUUGAGACGCGGGACGAGUACCCAGACUGGGUGCAAGCAUACUCUGCAGGACUGCUGGAGGGCAGUUUGACAUGGCAGCUCAUCCACUGGCACUGGCAGAACACUGUGCAGAAUAUGUGUCAAUACCAGGUUGAAUUUUGCAAACAAGUCCGCAGCUUUGUCGAGAUUAACUCCGGAAAGAUCAAAGACUUGGCCGAGAAGAGGGGAAACAGUGAUCCUUUCUGGCACCAGGUACAGCUGUUCUAUGUUCAAUUGGAUGGCCUAGAAACUGGCUGGAGACACGGAGUUAAGAGGAGCAGACACGAGAUUGACAUUUCUCACCUUGACUUUCUGUGGAUGAACAUGGUGAGUGACUUGGCUGACAUGGAACAUACAUUUAACGGUCCACUGGAAGACACACGGUUCCCUUUUGUGUUCUCUACAGCUGCCAGUUUCUCUUCCGCUUUUGUUAAGUUUCGCUUGGAGACUGGGGAGCUCUUUGCAGCCCAUAACUCUGGAGGAUUGUACCAAUCCAUGCUGCGGGUGUUGAAGCGCUAUCAGCUGGGUUAUCACCGCACAUCUGACCGUGAUUCAUUCCCUGUUCCUGGCCAGAUAAUAACAUUUUCAUCAUAUCCGGGCGUCAUCCACUCACAAGAUGAUUUCUACUUGGUAGCGGGUGGACUAAAAUUUGGCAAGAAACAACAUCAACUUGCAGUCCUUGGCACUGCCUUCAGCUACAAUAACAGAACUUUGAGCAGCUUUGAUCAAAAAGAGCAGGUACUCGUUGGUCCACGUGUGAUGGCUGCAAACAGACUGGCAAAAGGCAGCCGUUUCUGGGGGUGUUAUUUAGAACAGGCUAACAGUGGUACUGGCAGCAAGCAGUGGCUGAUUGUAGAUUAUGGCCAGAUAAUGGGCCUAGAUGCAGUUAAUUCCCUUCAUGUGGACAAGAAGGUUGCCAGCAAGUUGCUGUCCAACCUACAGCCAAAGCAACAGAAUGCCGUGAAGAAAGCCAGAGCACCCGUCGGCGUUAAGAGGGGCCUGCUAUGGGUCGUUGAGCAGACGCCAGAGCACGUCCAUUAUGCCGAUCAGACUCGCAUGUUGCAGCAAACUGGCUUUUGGGUCUCAGAUGGACAUCCUUAUUACCAGGACACAUCUCAUACAAAUGUAAAGACAACAGCUGGUAAGUCUGGUAUGCAAGCCUUUCAUGAUGACCAAUUGGAUGCUACAACUGUUAUUUCUGUAAUGCAGUUAAUGAGGAAUAACACUUUCUUGUCCAGUUCCCACCCUUCUCUUCAAAAUGGUAGUUCGUCUUCAUUCUCCUCUAAUCUACCCCCCAUGGGCACCAUAGAUUCCAAGAUACUUAAGGCUUCUCCAUUCCAGAAAGUUGAAUUACAUGUCAUAUCUGGACCACCAGUCACUUACAUUGAAAGUAAUAAAAAUAAUUGUUCUGCGGAUAUAAUGUUUCUUGAUAUUCCUUUCCAGUGGUCCAAGAGUCAGUUUGCUAAUGAAACUCAUAUUGGUCUUCCUGAUCUCUGGCAAUUUAAUGCAGUUCAACCUGAAUGGUUUUGGGUGUGAAAGUAGUUUGGUCACGUUCCUGUGGUAAACUUUUUUCGUGUUAUCCAAAUCUGUUUGGAAUCGCGCCAGUGUGACCUGUGUGUGGCAAGUGGGUCAACCAGAGAAUUGUGCAGCUCAUUCUAUAGUGAAUGUUUAACACAACAGCAUGUGUGAAGUUUCAAAUUCAGAAGUAGAUUAUCCACUGUGGAAGAUAUUUUAAAUCAGCAGUAAUUUUCAAACUUCCGCUUCUUUGGCGUAACUUAAAUAAAAAAAGAUGGGACAAAUUUCACCGCUAAUUCAGUGAAUUAAACAGUCUGUUGGAGCAACGAAACUCAUUUCAUAUAUGAAUGUGUGUACAUCUGAAAACCAAAGCUUCCUUUUCUAGGAACUGAUUUUCAUUUGCUGUUCGACCCUCCAAUGUGUGUCUGAUAACACAAUUCCGGCAAAGCUGAUAACACAGGUAAUUCACUGAUUUUAAGCAGGUAUAAAUGUUCUUCUGAUGAUACAGUUUUAGCUGUGGCAUCUUCCUAGGCCAUGAGAGGACAUUUUCUCAACCGCUUUGUCAUACUAUCACAGUCACAAUUUCAUGUGUCUGUAAUCGAGGCUGAACCACGUGAACACCGUACAAAUCAAUAGUGUCUUGUCUGACAUAUGGCAUGACUGCAAUGUAUUGUAUAUUGACAACUGAGAGAAAAACAAUAAUACAUUUCUUCUCCAUAUUUCAUCUUACCCACUGGACCUUUGUAAGAGAGCUGUCAAAAAUGGUGAGAAUAUUACACAAGAAUGUAUUUGACAACUGUUGAAAUGUAAAGUGAGGUUAUGAAUUAAGAAUCAAUUUGAGGUUAUGAAAUAUAUUA